AUGGAGUGGCAAAGAGGCCACACCAUAGGCCAGGGCUCGUCAGCCACCGUCUCCACCGCCACUUGCCGCACCGGUGGCGGUGUCUUUGCUGUGAAGUCAUCGGAGCUGUCUCAAUCAGAGUCUUUGAAAAGGGAGCAAAAAAUUUUGUCCUCUCUAAGUAGUCCUUAUGUGGUUGCGUACAAAGGGUGUGACAUUACCAUGGAGAACAACAGGCUCUUGUUCAACCUCUUCAUGGAGUACAUGCCCUUUGGCACGGUUGCUCAGGCGACUCACCGGCACGGUGCCCGGCUCGAGGAGGCGGCUUUGGCACGCUACACGAGGCAAAUUUUGCAGGGGCUAGAGUACUUGCAUUCAAAAGAACUGGUGCAUUGUGACAUCAAGGGUGCUAAUAUCUUAAUUGGUGAAGAUGGGGUAAAAAUUGGUGACUUGGGGUGUGCCAAGACUGUGGUGGAUUCCGCGGUGGUGAUCGGUGGCACUCCGAUGUUCAUGGCGCCGGAGGUGGCGCGUGGGGAGGAGCAAGGGUGUGCUAGUGACAUUUGGUCACUUGGGUGCACUGUGGUUGAAAUGGCCACAGGUGGUGCACCAUGGCCUAAUGUGGAAGACCCUUUUUCAGUGCUUUAUCAUAUCGCAUAUUCUAGUGAAGUGCCUGAGAUUCCUUGUUUUCUAUCUAAGGAAGCAAAGGAUUUCUUGGGGAAGUGCUUGAGGAGGAAUCCACAAGAGAGGUGGAGGGCUAGUGAACUUUUGAAGCACCCAUUUAUUGGAAAAUUAUGUUCCAAUAAUAAGGAAGGUUUGGAAUCUGAUUCAAGUUCCCCAACUAGUGUUCUUGAGCAAGGCUUUUGGAGCUCCGUGGAAGAGUCAGAAAGUGUUGGCAAUUUGAUUAACAGCACAAGAAAAUUUGAAUUUUUGGCUGCUGGGAGGGUCAGAAUGUUGGCUCUGUCUUCUGGGGCACCCUGUUGGGCACAACAUGAUGAUGAUGAUGAUGAUGAUGAUGAUGAUGAUGAUGAUGAGAAUUGGAUCACAGCCAGACGGAACGGAGUGAAAGGUUUUGGCAAUUGUGGGUCAGGGACAGUUUCUGCUAGUCAUGAGUUGUCUCACUAG